GGUUCGUAGACCUGCGAACUUUCUACGUAUGUUUCGUAGAUUCUGCGAAGAAGUCAAGUUUGUGGCAAAUGAAUUCUGUCGUCGAUCUCCUACUCGAACCUUUGGCCUCCGGGGACCUCCAGAAGCCUCCGACCUAUUGCUGAACCUCUGGCGAGCCUCUGAAGACUUUGGAGGGAGUCGGGGGCCCCCAAACGGCGCGGUGACCACACCGCGUGGUGAGUCAGUGGGGAUUCGGGGUCAGCGCACGGGUUUGCGACUCGGGUCGUUCUCCGAGGACGUCUCGGGCGACCAGGGUCUCCGAGGUCCCAAGACCGUGCGGUGACGGACCGCGCGGUGAGGUCUCUCGGGCUUCUGAGGUCACCGUGCGGUCGGUCACCACACAGCUUUGGCACCCCCAAGGGACGGGUGUCCUGGCCGUGGAGCCUUCCUGGAAGGUCUCAGUGGAGGUGGCGAGCCGCAAGGCUCCCGGGAAGGCUGCAGGGCCUCUGGGGAAUCCCGGCCGCCGAGUGCCUCUUUCCCUGACGGCCCCUCGGGUUCACGGCAAGGUGAUCCGCAUCCUGCUCAUAGUGCCACUGUUCAGCGUCGUGGCCUGGGUGUCGCUAGUCGAGCGCCUCAGGGCGUUCAACACCGUCCUGGACUUCCUGAAGAAGGGCUACGAAUGCAUCUCGAAGGAGAGAAGCCGUAUACACAGGCUCCGCGCCGACUUCUCGGAUCUGCGCCGGACCGCCCUGGCGGCGCCUCCGGCGCCGAUCCAAGAAUCGGCGCAGAACUCCACCAGUUCAAUUCUGUUAAUACAGUUGUCCCUUCUUCCAGCAUCGCGAUCUGCGCCUUCAUGCAGUUGCUCGUGGCCCACCUGGGCGGCGUCGGGCGCCUCACGAGCGAGCUGAGCCUCGACAGCUGCAGACACGUGAUCCCGGUGAGGUGGUUCGUGCCGGAGUGGUCCUGGACGCCCCAGAAGCGCUUCGUGAGGAGGACGGUUGGGGCUGUGCUGCUGUAUGUGCCAGUCACGCUGACCGUCGCGGUAGUGGUCCUGGUAUCGAGUUUAGUGUACUUUCCACUGUUCAAGGUCCUGCAUUGGCCCUUCAUAUCCGUGGUCAACGUCAUGCUGUUCAUAGCGAUGUACGGCUUAGUGCUGUUCUACCAUGCCAACCAGGCGAGACUAGCACCGCUAAGCCCGAUCAAGAAGAUCUUGUCCAUAAAGAUACUCCUGUUCUUCACCUUCUGGCAGGGAGUGGUGGUAAGCGUCCUGCACAGACUGCACUACCUCGACGGGCUCGCGCUUCACAGCAGGCCCGGCCCCGAUCCGAUCCGAUUCCCGCUUUCCGAUUGUGGCUCCGCUCAGAUUUUCAUUCCAUCUCGAUUCCUUCGAUAGCAACUCAUGCUUACCCUCGCUUUGCUGGUUACGGCUUGCGGGGCGUGGGGUCCAGUUACCCACUCGCCGCGUUCGAUCUCGAGGUGACGGGGUUGGCAAGGAGCCGACAUCCCCAUCGUGAAGCCAG